CCACCCGUCCACCCUAGGUCCCCAGCCACGCAACGCGGGGCAGCGUUUCCGCGAGGCUGCUGGAGUGCUCAGCCGCCGCUUCCGCCAUCGCGAGGGUUUCAGCGAGGAGAACACAGGGGAGCAGGAGGAGCACGCCGAGAGAGGUUCAGAGGGAGAGGGAGGUAGGGAGAUGGCUGCCAUGGUAGGAGCGCGCAGGGCGCUCCUCGCCGCCCGCUACUCCCCUCGUGGCGUGGUCGCGUCAUCGGCCGCGCCCGUGCCCCUUUACCGGCGCGUGGACUCGCCGCUCAGUCUUCCAGCUGAAAGAGGUUGUCUGCUGUCUUUGCUUCCACAUCGAGAUGCUGGCAGUCUUGCAUCUGAACGGACUGAUGACUAUCACCACGAGUUGGACACAGGGAGCUACAGAGACCCCCAUUCAAAUCACUUCAACCACAAACUACAACGGGAUCACCCUUCAGUUGGUUCCUCAACAGGUGUUGGAAGAAAUAGGGGUGUGAGUGUUGUUGGCAGUGCCAACACACGCUAUGGAGGUAAUUUGGAGCAACCUCACGGAGACCCCUAUUCAAAUCACUCCAACCACAAAAUGCAAAGGGAUCUCCCUUCAGUUGGUUCCUCAACAGGCGUUGAUAGAAACUGGGGUUUGAAUGUUAGUGGCAGUGCCAACACGCGUCAUGGAGGCAAUUCUGAGCAACCUUGCGGAAGUGGUGGAUCAUAUGGCUUUCCAAACAGUCAUCAGCCAUAUUCUAGUGCAAGAGUGAAUAACGAGACACCUGGAUAUAAGGCAAGGCAACCUUAUGGAAGUAGUAGUGCAUACAACCAGCAAAGCUUUAGUGGGGAUCUUCCAAAUGCUCGUCAGCAGUACAAUGGCACGGAAGCUAGUAAUGGCCUUUCUGGAUAUGGUAAAGGGCAAACAAAUGAUCAUCCUAACGAAUAUGAUACAUAUAGCUCUGGAUAUAACACCCAAACUAACCAGAAGAUCCAUAAAGGAGAGGCAGCAACUACUGGGCAGUACAGAUACGGUCCUUCAGGGCAAUCAUUUCCAAGCUCAGUUGGAAAUGAUCAGCAAGUCUUUCAGCAACAGAAAUAUGUUGAUCAUAGAUCUGGAGGCAGUUAUCCAGAUAGGCCUGGAAAUCCUGCCUCCCAGUAUGCAAAUCCAACUGGUUUCCAUAAGGAACACGUUGCAGGGUUUCAGCAAGGCAACAAUGGUAGUUUUGGAUAUAUUGCUUCACAAGCAUAUCAAAGCCCUUAUGUCACUGGCAAAGCUGACACACAUAGUAAUCAUCAAGGAUAUUCCAUGAAUCAAAAUACAGAUGUGCAACACCAUCCUCGUGGAAUUUAUCAAGAAAAACAUUCACAUAUUCAACCAGCUGCAUCAUUUGGGAAUCACUUGAACACUGCACCACAUCAAGAUGGCAUAUCUUAUCAGUCACCACCUGGCAACCCUUCAAAUGAUGGACCACCUUCUGAAUUACCUAAUGAAAUAACCAAAUACAACCAGCAAAGUCUUAGUGGGGAUCUUCCAAAUGCUCGUCAGCAAUACAAUGGCACGGAAGCUAGUAAUGGCCUUUCUGGAUAUGGUAAAGGGCAAACAUAUGAUCAUCCUAACGUAUAUGAUACAUAUAGCUCUGGAUAUAACACCCAAACUAACCAGAAGAUCCAUAAAGGAGAGGCAGCAACUACUGGGCAGUACAGAUACGGUCCUUCAGGGCAAUCAUUUCCAAGCUCAGUUGGAAAUGAUCAGCAAGUCUUUCAGCAACAGAAAUAUGUUAAUCAUAGAUCUGGAGGCAGUUAUCCAGAUAGGCCUGGAAAUCCUGCCUCCCAGUAUGCAAAUCCAACUGGUUUCCAUAAGGAACACGUUGCAGGGUUUCAGCAAGGCAACAAUAGUAAUUUUGGAUAUAUUGCUUCACAAGCAUAUCAGAGCCCUUAUGUCACUGGCAAAGCUGACGCACAUAGUAAUCAUCAGGGAUAUUCCAUGAAUCAAAAUGCGGAUGUGCAACACCAUCCUCAUGGAAUUUAUCAAGAAAACCAUUCAGAUAUUCAACCUGCUUCAUCAUUUGGGAAUCACUUGAACACUGCACCACAUCAAGAUGGCAUAUAUUAUCAGUCACCACCUGGCAACCCUUCAAAUGAUGGAUCGCCUUCUGAAGUACCUAAUGAAAUAACCAAAUGCAAAGGUACUGUUGAAGAACUGGAGAAGUUAUGUGAAGAUGGCAAUGUAAAUGAAGCUCUGGAAGUUCUGGCUAUGCUACAGAGGAAGGGAACUGUAGUACAAGCUCCUCAAUUCUUUAUAUUGAUGCAAGCAUGUGGUGAUGCAACUGCUCUUGCAGAAGCAAGAGUAAUACAUAGUCAAAUAUCUGAAUCACCACUUGCUGUUGACACAGAUGUUCAAAACAAAAUUUUGGAGAUGUAUGCUAAAUGUGGUUCAAUGGAAGAUGCAAAGAAGCUUUUCAGUACUAUGGAUCAUCAUAAUUUGACUUCUUGGAACACUAUGAUCUCAGGUUUUGUGCAUAAUGGUCUUGGUGAAGAAGCAACUGAUUUUUUCGAUCAGUUUAAGCAGACAGGGGAUAAGCCGGAUCCUGGCAUGUUUAAGCAUAUUUUGUUGGCCUGUGGAACUUUGGGCUCUGUUGAUGAGGGAAUGUUGCAUUUUGAAUCAAUGCAGAAGGAUUUUGGUAUAACUCCAACCAUGGAACAUUAUGCCAGCAUUGUUAGUAUGCUUGGGCAGUCUGGCUACGUUGCCGAAGCUCGUGAAUUUGUGGAACGGAUGCCCGUGGAACCAAGCGUUGAUGUCUGGGAAAGUUUGAUGAAUAUGUGUCGGCUUAAUGGCUUUUUAGAGCUUGGAGACCGUUGCGCUCAAAUCAUAGUGCGCUUGGAUUCUUCGAGGCUGAAUGAACAGUCUAAAAUGGGUCUUUUCCCUGUCAAUGCUUCGGACCUUGCAAAGGAGAAAGAAAGGAAAAAGGCUAGUGCUGCUGAAGCUAGGAGCAAGGUCCACGAAUAUAGAGCGGGAGAUCGAUCCCAUCCUGAUACUCCUAAGAUCUAUGAAGAGCUGAGGUACUUAGCGGCUCAUAUGAAGGAAGCUGGGUAUAUUGCUGAUACUCGAUUCGUGCUUCACGAUGUUGAUCAAGAGACUAAAGAGGAUGCUUUGCUAGCGCAUAGCGAGAGGCUGGCUAUCAGUUACGGUCUUAUAACUAGUGCUGCCCGUUCACCUAUUCGGGUUAUAAAGAAUCUUCGCUCCUGUGGAGAUUGUCAUACAGCUUUUAAGAUAAUCUCAAAACUUGUUGGCCGUCUGAUCAUUGCAAGGGAUGCAAAGAGGUUCCACCAUUUUGAAAAUGGUGUGUGCUCUUGCAAAGACUAUUGGUAAUCAAGAUAUUGCAAGUCCACAUUGUUGUCAAUUUUGAUCGGUGCAAAACCACAAUAGGUUGUUUAUAUGCUAAAGGUAGGCUAUUGCCUAUCUAACAUUUAGAUAGCCACUAGUUUCAUGUGAGGGACAUUUUGUAUGUUGUCUGCUGUGUAACACUAUAUGCCCUUUUAGCGUUCUACUUUGCAGUUCAUGCGUUUAAGCCAGAAGCGCUGUUUCACUGCUGAUGCCCCUGUUUUGUUACUGGCCACAGCAAAAUAAACAGUAAAUGUGCUUAGUUUUGA